UACCCACGUGGUUUCAUCGAGCCGGAGACUGUAGAUUCUUUUGUUCAAAACAUCCUUGAAAAAACGAGGAAGACAGACAGACACGAGAGAAUCAGGAAAUCCCUCUGCCGACGUGUUAAUUAGUCACCGAAUUAGAAGGAACAUAAUCUGAAACCAAGAGGUUCAGCAACUUUUAGUUGGGGAAAGAGAAAGUUUUUCAUCGGUGGAUUAGCUAGCUAACGUUACCCAAGAUAUUUUUACAAACAUGCCACGCAAGAAGGUAACAGAAGUCUCAGGGAAUGGUGGGAUCAAGAGGAAGAGGGCAGGAGGCAAAAAGAAGGAAAGGGAGUUCAGCAGUGAUGAUGAGUUUGAUGAUUAUGAAGAGCAGGAGAACACAAAGAAACCUGGCAAGCCUGCUACAAAGUCAGGCCUUCAACCUGUCACUGUCUCUGACGAUAUCAAGGAAAAAAUUAAACUUGACUUACCUAAAAUCAAAGGUCAACUGCUCAUUUUCGGAGCCACCAACUGGGAUCUCAUCGGAAGGAAAGAGGUGCCAAAAGCACAAGCGGCCUUCAGGAACCUAGGCCAGAACCUGUGGGGUCCUCACCGCUAUGGCAGCAUGAGUGACGUGCAGGUCAGCAGUGUGGUGUCUGGGCCCUGUGCUGCCCACAGCCUCCUCAUCACCACCGAGGGCAAGCUCUGGAGCUGGGGUCGAAAUGAAAAGGGUCAGCUGGGUCACGGGGACACAAAGCGCCUAGAGGCCCCAAAGUUGAUUGAGGCCCUCGCAGACGAAGUGGUGGUGGCUGCAGCCUGUGGACGCAACCACACCCUGGCAUUGACAGAGGGUGGCACCGCCUACUCGUUUGGAGAGAACAAACUGGGCCAGCUGGGCCAGGGUAACCAAACUGAUGCAGUCCUCAGUCCAGCCCCGAUCCAGUACGAUGGGCAGCCCUUGGUCAAGGUGGCGUGUGGGGCAGAGUUCAGUAUGGUGGUGGACUGCAAAGGGAACCUCUACUCGUUCGGCUGCCCAGAGUAUGGCCAGCUAGGACACAACUCUGACGGCAAGUUCAUUGCCCGCGCCCAGCGCAUCGAGUUUGACUGUGAGACCAUUGCACGCCGCGUGGCCAUCUUCAUCGAGAAGAGUAAGGACGGCCAGGUGACACCUGUACCUAACGUGGUGGUCCGCGACGUCGCCUGCGGAGGCAAUCACACGCUGAUAUUGGACUCCCAGAAGCGGGUGUUUUCCUGGGGCUUUGGUGGUUAUGGACGGCUGGGUCACACGGAGCCGAAGGACGAGAUGGUGCCCAGACUGGUGAAGCUCUUUGACUUCCCCGGGCGCGGGGCAUCCCAAAUCUACACUGGCUAUCAGUGCUCCUUCGCUGUAAAUGAGAUGGGAGGGCUGUUUUUCUGGGGUGUCACCAAUACUUCGCGGGAGUCUACCAUGUACCCCAAGGCAGUGCAGGACCUGUGUGGCUGGAAGGUCCGCAGUCUGGCAUGCGGGAAAAGCAGUAUCGUUAUCGCUGCAGACGACAGCACCAUCAGCUGGGGACCCUCCCCUACCUUUGGCGAGCUGGGAUACGGAGACAACAAGGCCAAGUCCUCCACUACUGCUCAGGAGGUGAAGACCCUGGAUGGAGUUUACGCUGAACAGGUGAUGAUGGGAUACGCACACUCCCUGGUCAUCGCCAGACAGGAUACUCCACAGGAACAAGAGAAGCUCAAGAAGCUGCCAGAGUACAACCCACGCACGCUCUGAUGGGGCACCAUCCAGCCACCUUACUGUUUGUUUUUCCCAGAGACAACAGAUUCUCUCCAGAAGCACCUGCCCUUUAGGUCAUGAUGGAUGGCUGGGGAGGAUGGGCUCUCAUGAAUAUGUAUGCAUACACUUUGAAAAACAUUCAGGUCUAGUUCAUAGUUUCGGAGGUUAAAUGAGAAAAUGCGGCGCAACAACUAAGACUGAAACAAAUCCACUCUGGACAGAAUUCAUCCUACUCUCACAAUGCUUGUCAGACAUCUACAGCUGGAGAGAGGAACUCUACCACUCAUCUCUCCAAGCACAUUAUUCCUCUCUGCGUUCUACUCCAACUCCAAUCCCCAUGCAACUCCACUGAAGCGUUCACUAUAUUUUCAUGAAGUAUUUUUAUUCUUCUGUUGAACUGAUCAAUGUCCUCUCCCUCACUACAACAGGUGCUACAUCAGUCCUCUUUGGGCAGAUUAAUUUCCAAGCGAGGGAUCACUUCAAGACCAACACUCCAUAUCUGUGCCUUUUGAAACUGUAUUUUGGGGGUAUGGAGUAAAUGUGCUUUUUUUUGUUUCUUCCCAAAGACCAAUUGCUGAAUUUAGUUUAAUUUGUUCAUGGAGUCCAUGGAAGUAUUACUGUUUGUCAGGUUGAUCUGUGUGCGUUGUCAGAACACAAUCAGGAUCUGAGACAUUGUGCCAAGUUGAUGCUCUCCGACCAUUGACUUCUGUUAUAUUCCUUGGUUUGUCUCUACACUUGUAUGAUUAAAUGUUGGUGUUGAGGAUGCGCAACUGUCCCUCAAAGGC